AAAAUGAGACGUGUUGUGUUGGUGGUACGUUAAAGUUUAGUUAUAUAAUAUAACAAUAAUAAAAUUAAAUAACAAGCUGUGUUUACAUGAUUAAGAGUAGACAACUCACCAACCAAACUUUUGGCUUGGGAGUUGUGACAUGAUCCUCUGUAUUGCAUAAACUACGCUGCUUUACAGCAAUUCCAUACCCCGUAGAUAAGUAAUCACUAAUUAGUAAUUACGCAAACAAAUGAACUAAAUAGAUUGUUAUCUAUUAUUUGACCUAUAUUAUAUACUAUUAUGAAAUUAUUUAUUUGAAAAGGAUAUCUAGAAAACUCUGUUAAGUUAAGAAAACUUUGAAAACUUAAUCUCCACCCUUCAUCAAAAAAAAUCUAUGGUUGAAACUAAAUGUUUCAUAAAGCAACUUUUUUUACCAUAUAACAGACUGACCAAAAAUACACGUAACAGUUUUUUGUUUUUUCACUUUUCUGACUGACACGUUGACAUGUAAGAGGUUUGUCUGUUACACUAAUUUUUUUCUAUAAAACAUGUAACAUUUUUUUUACAUGCACUACACAUUGAAAAUUCGUAAAAUCUAAGUUCAAAAAUAUUACGCUUCAUAAAACUUGCGAACUUUGCUAUUGAAAACAAAAAAAUGUAACAUGUGAUGUUACGUUUACGUAACAGGCGAAAGAGAUGUAACAUAUCAACUUUCUCUCUUCUGACAAAGCUGAUACAAGAGAAAAAAAGUUGUAACACAUGGCAAUAUGUGAUCCAUUCAUUAAGUUUCUUGAGUUUUUUUAAACUUAAACGGGUUUUUCCUCUAUAAUUGCCCAUUUAUUAUUUACUUAUACUUAUAUAUGUUAUAUAUUGCAUGUUUUUAUACAUAAAUAUCUAUGGAUUUGUGCAUGUUUUUAUGCAUAAAUAUCUAUGGCUUUGUAUUAGUUAAUGAAAAAAGAAAGGAAAAAGAAAAAGCAAGAAAAAGGGCAUGCUGCUUUUUUUUAUUUAAAAAAAAAAAAGCCAACGGCUCUUCGUCCUCUUUAUACAAAAUCUUUAAUUUGAAAAAAAAAAAUUAUAGGAAAACAAAAGAAGCAACAGUCUGUUAAUGGUAGGUUAUGCCAGCUCUAUUCAUAAUAUAUAUAAAUCCAGCAAUCUAUAUAAGUAUCACACUCUUUGUUCUUCCAACCUACACCUUGAGUCAUUUGUUUCCACAUUCCUUAAAAGAUUAUCCUCCUAAAUUCAACAAGAUAUGGCCGCCGAAGAUACCAAGAAGGUGGAAGCAGAACCCGAGUGCCAGCAGGAGACUCCCGUCAAGGAGGACGAGAAAGCCAUCGUCCCUGUCGAGCCUAUCGUUCAUGACGAAAAGCCCGUUGACGAUACUAAAGCUCUCGUCAUCGUUGAAAAAGCAGCAGAAGUUUGUGAGGAGAAGCCUGUAGAUGGUUCUGUUAACAGAGAUGAUGUUCUUGCUAAAGUAGCAACCGAGAAGAAAGACGCACUUAUUAAAGCAUGGGAAGAAAGCGAGAAAUCUAAAGCUGAGAACAAAGCUCAACAGAAGCUAUCUUCCAUUGGAGCAUGGGAAAACAGCAAGAAAGCCGAUCUAGAAGCCGAGUUGAAAAAGAUUGAGGAGGAUCUGGAGAAAAAGAAGGCGAAAUAUAUUGAAAAGAUGAAGAACAAGAUUGCUCUAAUCCACAAAAAAGCAGAAGAAAAGAGGGCACUCACGGAAGCCAAACGCGGAGAAGAUCUUCUCAAAGCAGAAGAAAUCGCAGCUAAGUGUCGGGCUACUGGCGAAACGCCAAAGAAACUCCUCGGAUGGUUUUAGAGCUACAUUGUUUGUCACCGAAUUUGCAUUUGUUUGAUUUUAUUCAUUUCUUGAAGUGUGUUUUCUAUUCUUAUGGUGUAUGAUUUUAUUCAUUAUUUCGUGUGCA